AGCAUAUCCAGUGUAGGUAGAAUUGAUUUAUUUAUUUAUUUACUAUAAUAAACCUAUAAUCCACGUGAAAAUAGGACUUCCAAGUUUACAAGCCACCCCCUCCCCCGCUCCCUCUCUCUCUCUCUCUCUCUGGACUCUGACUUUCUCUCUCUCUUAAACAAGACUCGAUAAAAGAGGAAGGCAUGUCUGGUGCUUGGUGCAGGGUGCUACAAAUAAAAGUCUAACCAGAGAGAGGGAGAGAGAAAAGGUAGCACGGUUUGCUUCCUGAACAGAACAAAGGGCGCCUGGUUGCGUGUGUUAGGCUCUAAUUUCGUUCCUUUUUUGGGGACACAUCUCAGCAAAAGCGAAUCUCCUCUGCUCCUCUUUUCUGCACCCUCUUUUUUCCCAAUUCCAUCUACUCCUAUUAAUAAUCCUCCGUACUCCACCAUUAUUCAUUCACUCACCCCCUCUCUGUUCCCAUUCCAAAAGGUCCCAUAGCCUGUAGCAGUACUAGUAGAUAGGAAAGCAGGCGAUCCCACACUCAUCACUCUCAGUCGGCGUGCCAAACAAGAGAGAGAAAGAGAGAGAACUAAAAGAAGGGGAAAAGCGGCUAGAUUGUAAUCUCACACACAAAUAUAUUUAUUAGUCCAUAGCUUUUGGGGGGUAUUUCACUUGAUGGGUUGAGCUCUGAAAGUGAUUCCUAAAACUAUUUUGCUAUCAGGGUGGUUUGAUCUUUUUUCCAAAAUCAGCUGAGUUUUGAUGAUUUGUGGUGGUGGAUGUUCACAUAUUGAAAUCUCAGAAAUGGAGGGAUGUUGCAAAAAGAGCGAGGACUGUCCACAGCUGCUGGAUUUGAUACCUAAAGACAGGGAAUGGCUUCUGAAAAGGGAUAAACAGAGGAGCCAUGGAUCAUCAUCAACGGAGGAGAUCAAGAAUCUUGAGCUAAAGCUUGGCCCACCAGGUGACGAAAACUCUAGAGAGAGAGACGACUCUACUCUCUCUCUUGGGUAUUUCUCCAACAUGACCCAUUUUUCUUCUGGUGCAAAGAGAGGGUUUACAGGGGAGAAGGGUUGGGCUAUGAACCUGAAUGAAAACCAACAGCAGAGAAAUGGUUCAUAUCUUCAGAUGCAACCAAACCCACAAGUCUUGCCUGGCAUGGGAAAGGAAUCGUCACAGCCCUGUAGCACUAGAGUGGUGGAGUUAUUACAGGGUGGUAGUGCAGAAAAGAAGAAGGGAUUUUCAGCAGCUGCUGCAAAUACAGCUGUGCCCAACUGCUCCCAGAAGAGAACUGCUCCAGCUCCAGUGGUGGGAUGGCCUCCUGUUCGUUCAUUUAGAAAGAAUCUCACCGGUAGCAGUUCAUCCAAACAAACCACCGAGUCCCAAAUUGCUGUACAAAGCGAAGUUCCAAGUGAGAAACCUCCGGUUGCAAGUUGCAGAAAAGGUUUCUUUGUGAAGAUCAAUAUGGAAGGAGUUCCCAUAGGAAGGAAAGUUGAUCUCGAAGCCUACGACAGUUAUGAAAAGCUUGCCUCUUCUGUUGAUGAACUUUUUCGGGGCCUUCUUGCAGCUCAAAGAGAUUCUUCUGCUGGUGGAAUAGAGAACAAUCAAGAGGGAGAGAAAGCAAUUACAGGGUUAUUAGAUGGAAGUGGCGAGUAUACCCUUGUUUAUGAAGAUAAUGAAGGAGACAGGGUACUUGUUGGGGAUGUGCCAUGGCGCAUGUUUGUAUCUACUGUGAAAAGGCUGCGCGUGUUGAAAAGCUCUGAGCUCUCCACAUUGUGUCUCGGUAGUAAGCGAGAAAAGAUCCCACUUUCUGAUGCUUCAAGAUGAAGAAAGCUCGCUCGAUACUUCUCGAAAGAACUUUCACUGAAGUUUGGAGAGAGGGUUUGUGCCUUUUUGACAAUUUGGGUUGUUUCCUAGGAUUGCGAAACGGAAAGAAAGAAAGUAAUCUGUAGUUAAAACUUAAGGUGAUUGUUGUAUUGGCAGGACAGAAUUGGACUUGUUUUUCUUGAAUUUUGCCUUGAAUCCUAGUCAUGGCUUGUCUAGAAUGGGAAGGAUACGUUGAUGCA